AUAGCAUUUAUGCAAAAGUAGUUUUCAGCAUUCAUCUUCGCAAAAUUUUGUGUUCCAAAUUUUUCUCCCUCUUUCCCCUCCACUCCCUCCCUAAGACAGAGAGCAAUCCAGUAGAGACUGAACAUGUACAUUUCUUCCAAAUAUAUUUCCACAGUCAUCAUGCUGCACAAAAAAAAAAAAAAAAUCAGAGAUGAUCUUCUAUUUUAAAUAACCCAAAGUCUAUCUUCCACCAGUGGAAUUCAGUGCCACCUGACAUCACCUGGAAAAAUUCCCAUCCAGUGUUCCUCAGCAUGUUUAUUGGGUGCUUUCUCUUUUUGUCUCCUCACUCAGAUACGCCCAUAAAGUGCCUGCUGUUAUUUUUAGUUUCCCUUUCCUCUGCGGCAUUUCCAUUUUUUUUCUUUCUCAGAAUUCUUUUAUAAAGUGAAAGCCACCACAGCCCAGUGAUCAGAGAGCUUUGGACAAACAAACUGACAAGGAGAUGUUUACAGUAAUGGGAGUAACGGAGAGGGGGAAUCAAAGGAGUCACCGAUGCAACAAAACAACAAAGAUCUGGAAAUUGUGAAGUGAAAAAUAGGUAACACUCCACCUCCAACAUGGCGGAUGAUCAUCUGAUGCUAGCCCCAAUCUGCCUGAUUGAAAACAGUAAUGGGCAAUUCAUGGUGAACCAGGAAGCACUGCAGGUACUUAGGACAUUUACCCAGCCUUUAGUGGUAGUGGCCAUUGUGGGACUCUAUCGCACUGGAAAAUCCUACCUGAUGAACAAGCUGGCAGGACAGAGAACUGGCUUCUCCCUUGGAUCCACCGUGCAGUCUCACACCAAGGGCAUCUGGAUGUGGUGUGUUCCUCACCCCACGAAGCCGAAUCACACCCUCGUUCUCCUGGACACCGAGGGCCUGGGUGAUGUGGAAAAGGGAGACAACAAGAAUGACACGUGGAUCUUUGCCCUGGCUGUGCUAUUGAGCAGCACCUUUGUCUACAACAGCAUGGGCACUAUCAACCAGCAGGCCAUGGAAGACAUUUAUUAUGUAACAGAACUGACAGAUAAAAUCAAGGCAAAGUCCUCCUCCAGAAAUGAGCAGAUGGAUGACUCCAUGGAACUUGUGAGCCUCUUUCCAGACUUCGUGUGGACUGUGCGUGACUUCAUCUUGGAGCUGGAAAUUGAUGGGCAGCCCAUCACCCCUGAUCAGUACCUAGAAAAUGCCCUGAAACCAAAGAAAGGUACCAGUGAAGAAGUUGGAAUGUGUAUCCAGAAGUUCUUUCGAAACAAGAACUGCUUCAUCUUUGCCCCACCUGCUUAUGGAAAGAAGCUCCUAAAGAUUGAGCAACUUCAUGAUGAUGAACUUGAUGCUGACUUUGUGAAAAGUGCUGAAAACUUCAGCAAUCAUAUCUACAAGAAAGCGAAGGCCAAGACUCUACCUGGAGGUGCCAUGGUCAAUGGGCCACGCCUAGGAAACCUGGUUGUGAACUAUGUGGAGGCCAUCACCAGUGGAGAUAUUCCCUGUAUGGAGAAUGCAGUCUUGGCUCUGGCUGAGCUAGAGAAUUCAGCUGCAGUUCGAAAGGCCUUUAGACUGUAUGAAAAGAUGAUGAGACAGGGAAUGCAGUUUCCCACAGAAACCAUUCAAGAAUUGCUGUGUUUACAUAACAUCUGUGAGAGGGAAGCCAUUAAUGUCUUCAUCAGGGACUCUUUCAAGGAUGUGGACCAGAAAUUCCAAAAAGCACUAGAGAAUCAGCUGAAAGCCAAGCUAGAUGAGUUCUGUAAACAAAAUGAAAGAGAGUCCCGAGAUCGCUGCACAGCUUUGCUUCAGGAUGUUUUCAGGCCUCUGGAGGAAGCAGUGAAGCAGAGUGCCUUCUCCAAACCAGGGGGCUAUAACAUUUACCUUCAGCAGAUGCAAGAGCUCCAAGAGAAGUACAACCAGCAGCCCAAGAAGGGGAUGCAGGCAAACAAGAUUCUGGAAGAAUACUUAAAGUCGAAGGAAACUGUAGCUGAUGCAAUUAAGCAGGCAGACCAAAGGCUUACUGAAAAAGAAAAUCAGAGGAGAGAGCAAGAGAGACAAGCACAAGCUGCAGCAGAGGCUGCAAGAAGGAUAGAAAUGGAGGUAAGGAGGCAGGAGCAGAUCAACUGGGAAAUCCAAAGGAGACAAGAGGAAGAACGAAGACAAAUGUUUAUACGUAUGGAAGCUGAGAAUAGAAGAUUGUUGGAAAAACACGAGAGAGAGAGGACUAGGAAACUAGAGGAAGAAGCACGAAAAAUCCAGGAAGAGCAAAGAAGGGCAGUGGCUGAACAGAAACGACGACUCCAGGAAUUGCAGCGGCAAGAUAAUAACCGUAACUCAGGUGUCUGUCCUAUAUUGUGAGGAUGUAAGUUUCACCUAAUCACCUACAGCUAUAGAGUCGUUUCCAAGAGAAAUGUUGACAAUUCAUUGGAGACUCAGCUUGCUGAAGUAAUAAUAGAAUCGGAUAACUGAAUGACCAAAGGUAUCUCAGAAAGCAUGGAUUAAACCCUGGUCCAAAGCAUGUGCCUUUAGAAAAUAAUAAUAUUCCUGACUAAUAAGUGGUCCUUCAGCCUCUGCCCAAAGUUCCCCAACGACGGAGACUUCACUGCCUUUUUAGGAAAAGCAUCUUGGUCCACUUUUGGUCAGCUCUCUUUGUUCGGAGGGUUUUCCUUAACAGGGCAGGAACAUUCCCUAUAAAUGCCACUCAACUUUGCUUCCUGUGAAUGAUCUCACCUUGUCCAACCCUUCCCAUUUUGAAAUGGGAAUUGGAAAAGAGGACAAGAAAAAGAGGGAAAAAGGGACAUUUGGUGGCUUGAAGCAUAUCCCCUAAGAAGCUUGCUGUUGCUGUGCUUUCUCAUGUGGGAUCUCUAGUUCUAGGGUCUCUUUUCAUAUAAGGUUAUGGGUUUACUGCUCAGAACUGGACAAAUGCUCUCCAUCCUCACGCUUACGAAUGUCAACAAAUCAGUACUGUUUGCUAUAGACUAUUACGCAUUAGUAGUUGGGCUGUCACCCCAGGACAAGCUUAGAUGCCUCUGAGCAGUGGGAAAAAGCUGAACAACUGACUAGAUGAGGAGGUGAAAGAUGUGGGCCCGAUCAAUGGAUUAACCCAGAGGGUUGUAACCCAAGAGUAACAGACUAGGCAAGGGUGAGAGUUGGGAAAUGGUUCUUUUUGCUGAUGCCUCUGAAAGUAAAAUUCCUUGGGAAUCUAGAGGUAGACCCGAAGGGAAAGAUUAAAUUGAGCUUAAUUAAUGUGGGAACCAGAGCCACACAUCCCUUCUCCUGUCCCAUCCAUCCCUAUUAAAACUAUUAUUCCAGGACUGCCAGUUGUCCUUGAAAAUUUGGGGAGAGGGAUAUUGUAGGAGGGGGUCUCCCCAAGCCUUGUCUUCUAUUUCUCCUUCUCUUCCUCCCCUUCAUCCUUUCUUUGUCCUCUUCUACCUCCUCUUCUUCCCUCCUCUAUGCCUUCCUUCUCUCUCCUUCUCUCUGUCUCUUCCCCCUUUCUCCCUUUCUCUCCCUCUUGCACACACUCUCUCCCUCUUUCACACACACUCUCCCCUUCCCCCUCCUCCUCUCCCACGCCCUCUUCCUCUUCCUCAUUCCUUUUUCCCUCUUUCCUUUCCACAUCCCUUUCUCUGUUCCCUCCCCCUACUCCUUUCUUACCCCUUCUCCCUCUCCUUCUCUUUUCUCUCUCAAAACUGAAGGCAGGGCAAAAUCUAUUUCAGAUUUUCCCAAGUUUCUAUCAUUAGAAAUUGCCGGUUGAAAUCAUAACAUUGCAUUCAUGACUAAGUAGGCAAUGAGGCAGCUAAGCCUCCUGGGUAAAUGAACUAAUUUAAGGAGUGCUUUAAGCCCAGUAUUAUGAAAAGAGAUUGGAAAGUAGAUAAACUACACUGACUCUAUCCUCACUUUGUAGCCUUCUUUGAUGCCAAAGGAUUAGGGUGUAAAUUCUGAGGGAAAAGAACCCACACACCUUUGUAUUUUCAGGGUUUAAGUUAGUCUUGUAUAUACCAAAUAUUCAUGAAAUGUUUUUUUUUUAAUUGAAUGAAAAAAAUAAAUAUCCAAUGCUACAUCUUU